AUGAAUAUAUAAUAAUUGAUCGAAUUAUUUACGUAGAGAUAUAAUGGGCUUCAACCUCAAUUUUUAGUUAAGGCCCCUGGGAGAGUCAAUUUAAUUGGUGAACACAUCGAUUAUAUGGGUUACGGAGUAUUGCCAUUUGCUUUGGAACAAUCUUGUUUUAUGUUAUUUGCCAUAGAGGGGAAUGACAUAUAGAUUUAGCAUGCUGAUGAUUAAUAGUUUAAGCAAUUCAGUCUUUCAGUGAAUCCAAAGGAGGAAUAUAAUGAAAUCUAAAAUUAUGUGAAAUAUGUGCUUGCUGGAUACAGAGCAGGGAUUUAAUAUGGGAAUGCGAAUCAAGGGAUCAAAAUAUUGAUAAGUGGCGACGUUCCAUUUUCUUCAGGAUUAUCUUCAUCAUCUUCUUUGGUUGUGGCAUCAUCUCUAAUGAGUUUGUAAGUGAGUGGAAAAACCCAAUAAGAUAUUGAUAGACAUUAGUUUGUUGAUUAAAUUAUCAAGUUUGAAAGAGAGGCAGGCACUGCAUGUGGUGGAAUGGAUUAGACCAUAUCAGUUUUUGGACAAGAAGGAUCUGCUUUAUACAUUGAAUUUGAUCCUCUUCGAUUGACUAAGGUGAAUUUGCCAAAGGGAUAUUCAUUCAUCAUAGCGAAUUCAUUGACAGAAUCAACUAAGCUGGAGACACUCGGAAAACAUUAUAACAAGAGAGUAGUUGAAUGUAGGAUUGGUAUCAAAUUGAUAGAAUUGAAUUUGAAUCUUGGAACUAGUUUUCGAACUUUGAAAUAACUAUAGGAUCAUUUGCAAUUGUCACUUGAUUCUAUGGAAGAACUCUGCAAAUUCAUACCCAAAGGGGAAAUUAGUCUUGAAAAAUUAGAGUACUUAAAUCUGCCGAAUCUGUUAGUUGAUAUUCCUUACUUUGAAUUAGUAUUGAAUUAGAAUUAAAGUGUAAACCCUUAUGAUAGAUUGACUCAUGUGGUUAAGGAAGCCCAAAGAGUAAUCAAAUUCAAGAACAUUUGUGAUUCUAAAAUGUCGGAUGAUGCUAAGGCAAUAUUGUUAGGUUACUUGAUGAAUCAGAGUUAGAAAUCUUGUAAGGAACUGUAUGAAUGUUCAUCUGAUAACAUUGAUAAAUUGACAACUUUGUGUAUUAAAAAUGGAGCUUUGGGAAGUAGAUUGACUGGAGCAGGAUGGGGAGGUUGCACAGUCAGUUUGGUCAAAGAGUCGGAAGUUAAGAAUUUCAAGAAUAAGAUUAUUGAGUUCUUCUACAAUCACAUUGAAAACAAAGAGCAUAUUUUUUCAACCUAACCAUCUCAAGGAGCAUCAAUCAUAAAACUAUGA